AUGGCACACGGCGCAGAGGACUGCGCAACUGUCCUGGAGCAGUUUGUCCACGAUGUGGCGAAUCUUCCAGCCGAGAUCAAUCAUCUCAUGGAAGAAAUUCAGGCCAAGGAUAAGGUCAUGCAGGAGUGCCGCGCUAUAAUCAACUCUCGCGACAGCAGCAUCCAGAAAUUCAUCAAGCUGAACGGCAGUCUGACGCCAAACCCUAAGGAAGAGUCAUACAGCAAGACCAUCCUACAGAAUAUGGACAGAUCCCACGAGUUGCAGAACGAGAAGAUCCAGCUCAGCGAGAAGGCAUGCGUCCUCCUUGAUCGCCAGAUCAAACGACUCGACGUGCGCAUUCGCGAUCUAGUCAACGAAGGUCUCCUCACCAACGACCCACCUCUCCCUUCGCUCUUCGACUCCAAAAACAAAUAUCGCAACCCACCCAAGAUCUUCCUCCCUGACUCCACCCCAUCCGACUCCCCUGCCUACUCAACACCCCUCAACCCGACUUCCGGGAAUGCCAAUCCUAUCCUGGCUGCCGCGCAGCGCUUGAACCAAUCUACAACUCCCCGCGCCACUGGAUCUGCAGCCCAGCUUGGACAAAUCACAGCACGCAGUUCCGCGCCGGCUACUCCAGCAGCAGCCGUCGUACACCUCCAGCAACGCCAACGCGAAUCCUCUGCCGGAGCCGUGGACAGCAAGCGCCGCCGCUUGAACCCCUCCCUCAAUACCCUCCCAGUAGCCUCGUCGAAUCUGCGCCAGUCUUCCAUGGGUCCUGGUACACCGAAGCCUGGUACACCGGCUGGCAGCCGUGCGGGCAGUGUCGGCCCCCGUGCUAGCAUCGGCAUCAAGAAGGCGUUGACCAAGAAGGUCGCACCGCACCAGCAAGUCAAGAAGCUGAAGACGGCGAGCGGGAAGCUGAUUAAGCGCUCUUCCAGUGCCAGUGGCCGUAUCAAGACUUCGAAGAAAUCUCCCAAUGGAGAAGGCGACGAGGAUGAUGACUCCAUGCUCAGUAGUGCUGAUACAUCGGACUCCGACAAGAGUGAUGGUGCUGCUGAUGAGGAUGUUGACGAUGAUGAUGAAGAUGAGGGUAAUGAGGAUUCGAAGGUCUAUUGUACCUGCCGCACUGUUAGCCACGGGGACAUGGUGGCUUGCGAUAAUGACGAGUGUCCGUAUGAGUGGUUUCACUGGAAGUGUGUUGGAUUGACACGCGAACCGGUUGGGACUUGGUAUUGUGAUGAGUGCAGGCGUACUCUAGGCAAGUGA